AUGGCCAUGGUUGUUGACGAGCUCCUAUCGGAACUUGACUUUUCGGAUUUCACCACCACAAGCACCACCAACAGUACCACCACCCCGGAAGAUGAUCGUUGGGGUGACUGGUCGCCGGCCGGCGACUGGGAUGUAUUUGCCGUUCAGCCCCAAGAGAACUUUCAUCACAUAUUUGAACUGAAAAUGGAUGAUAAGACAGUUUCCUUCUCUGGCGGCAAUCAGAAUGUUGGGUCCCCUGGUCCAUUGAUGAUUGAACCAUCAGUUGACGGCGGCUCCGGUGAUAUGAAAGGGUUAAGGCUGGUUCACCUAUUGAUGGCUGCGGCGGAGGCCAUGACAAGCGACAACAAGAGCCAUGAUCUGGCUGCGGUGAUACUGGUUCGGCUCAAGGAUUUGGUGUCACCAACUGAAGGGACCAACAUGGAGAGGCUCGCCGCUUAUUUCACAGACGCCUUACUCGCUUUGCUAGAAACCGGCGGCGGGGGCAGUAGUGGUGGUGGAGGAUUAUAUUUUAAACAACAUCACCACCGGACAGACGUCUUGGCUGCAUUCCAGCUAUUACAAGACAUGUCACCUUACGUCAAGUUCGGCCAUUUCACCGCAAAUCAAGCAAUCAUCGAAGCAGUCACCCAUGAACGACGAGUCCACAUCGUCGACUACGAUAUCAUGGAAGGUAUCCAGUGGGCAUCGCUAAUGCAAGCAUUGAUCUCCCGAAAAGACGGACCACCAACUCUCCACCUCCGUAUCACCGCUCUGUCAAGACCUGGAAGUGGCCGGAGAUCCAUCUCCACCGUCCAAGAAACAGGUCGUCGUUUAACUGCCUUUGCAACUUCAAUUGGCCAACCCUUUUCCUUUCAUCAAUGCAAGGUAUUAGAUCCCGACGGAACUUUUAAACCCUCAGCCUUAAAAUUAGUAAGAGGAGAAGCCAUUGUCAUCAACUGUGCCCUGCAUCUCCCCCAUUCCAGCUACCGUUCCCCCACUUCUGUGGCUUCUUUUUUAUCCGGAUCCAAGACUUUAAACCCGAAAUUGGUGACCCUUGUGGAGGAAGAAGGACCCAGAGUGGAAGGAGGGUUCGUCGGCCGGUUCAUGGACACAUUGCACCAUUACUCGGCUCUGUACGACUCUUUAGAAGCAGGGUUUCCGAUGCAAGGCCGUGCUCGGGCGUUAGUGGAACGGGUCUUUCUGGGUCCACGAAUUCUGGGGUCGUUGGGUCGGGUUUAUCGAGAAGAUCAUGGGCAAUGGUGUUCGUGGGGCGAAUGGCUUUCUGAAGCAAACUUCCAGCCGAUCAACAUAAGCUUUGCAAACCAUUGUCAGGCGAAACUGUUACUAGGGCUCUUUCACGAUGGAUACAGGGUGGAGGAAUCUGCAAGUAAUAAGCUUGUUCUAGGCUGGAAAUCCCGGCGCUUGCUUUCUGCCUCCAUUUGGACAUCGUCUUCCCAUUCUGAUUGA